CUGCCAUUCUUUUCUUUUGCGCUUUCAUCCAUCUUCCAUAUCUCAGGAUGUGACCGGAGGCAUUCCGGCUACCAUCAGUGAGAAGCAUGGCGUCAGACACCCCGCCCGACCCCGAAACCCAUUCUGUGGUUCGCAGCAUCCUCCGCAUUUCCCUCAGCGCCAAGGAAUACAAGCGUCUCCACGAUUAUGCCAUCCAACGCACUCCUUUAUCCGUCCAGGGUAGGCUGCCGUCUCCAUCCAAGUACGAAGCCAUUAUCGGCUCGAAGAACAAGCACAAUGUCGCUGCUGUGCGGGUAGCACUGCGGACCUUCCUACUCUCGUUAUCCCUCACAAAGCUCGCCGACACCGCGAUAAACCGGAUACGCGGGGAUCUAUCGAGCAAAGGACCGAAAGCCUCAUCAUCCACCCGCUCCCCGAAACUUCGCAUAUCCGCGUCGCUCGCGCUUCUUCUCCUGUUUCACCGAUUCCUUUAUCGUUUCUUCGUCAAGCUGCGCGCCAACCUCCGCACCGACGACGCUCGGCCAUUCCGAGAUCGCAACCCACGAAUCUCCAAUGUGCUUACUUCGCGCUUUGCCCCUGCCGUCGGGGCCAGUCUGGCAGGGUUUGCGCUAGGGAUUUGCCCACGAAGCCAGUUUCGCAUAAUCGCAGCCAUCUAUUCGGCCACCCGUGGCUUGGAGUUCUUGUUCAAUGCAUUGGAUGAAAAGGGCUGGUUUGACAACCGGCCUGCCUGGUUCGGUAGUUGGUUGCUGAUGCCAAUUUCUUGUGCGCAGCUGUUUCAUUCGUUUAUCUUCGAUCGAGAGGCCGUGCCAUCGUGGCUUGGAAUGUUGAUCCUCAGACUCUCCCCGAGUUACAUCCGCGGUCGUCCCGAAAGUCUGCCUUUGGACGUCGCUUGGCCAGACAAGGAGGGUGUCAUCAAUUCACUCGCAACUAUAUCUACUCUAAGGUGGCCAUCGUUCGUAUCGCCCAUCUUACACCCCGGCACUUCAAAGACACUACCUUCGUCAUUGGCGUCGAUCUCCCCGGUGACCGGUUCCGCGCACCCAGCCAUAUCCAGCUUGUCCUGCGCACUGCUCCACCCCAGCAGCCCCAGCUGCAGCACGGCCUUCCUGCACCAUAUCCUUCUCUCCGUGCCGCCCCUGGCGCGGUUCCUAACCGCCGCCACCCUGGCGCUCUCCUUGCGUAACCUCAAACACCUGGCGUCCCACCCCAUCACGUCGCUGAACGAACUGUCCCAAAGAAUCAUGAAGCUGACCGCCGUCCUGUCGGCAUCGGCCGGCACCGCCUGGGCUAGCAUCUGCCUGUGGAACGCCAUCCUCCCGCGGUCCACGAUAGCCACGAAGCGGUUUUUCCUGAGCGGGGCCCUCGCGGGCGUCCCGUUCGCGUUUCUGGGCCCCCAGCGCGGCGUCUUCCUGUCGUUAUUCCGCGCCGCGAUCGCGACGGCCUGGAAGACCGCGGGCAAGCGCGGUCGGUGGACCGGGUGGAAGGACGGGGAGUUGUGCGUCAUCGUGGCGAGCUGGGCGCUGAUGGGGUGCAUCCUGGAUGCCCGACCCUCCGCGGUGCAGGGGAAAGGGGUCAGGGUGGCGCUCUCGUGGAUGCGAGGCGAUGGGUUCGCCGACCCAUUGCGGGUAGCCGGGAAGAGGAAGGCGAAGAAGGCCGCGGCGCAGAAGAAGGAGAAGGCGGAGGACGAUGCGCGGACUUAGCGGCGCUGCAGCCAAAUCUUGUUAUGUUGUUGUCGUUUUGCUAGCAGGCAAUUGUCCACGGAGCUGGACUUCGGUCCUUCAUAUCUGGCAGAUAGGUUAUGAUUUUCAUGGUGCCACGCUGUCUUGGUUCCGAUGAAUGAGCGCGCACUCCCUUGGUUAUGGUCUCGGUACGGUAGGGGUAGACCGGAGGGCGGAGGAACACUAAAUGCGCUAUAUGCGUAGGUACAUAAACGAGGAUGCUAUUUGUUUUCUACGAAAGAGAUUGCAAGAUUCUCAUAUCUAC